UGGCGCGCAGGGCGCGUGGAAGGUUGCCAGGGCUCUGGGCGGACUUAAGAUGCGGGCGGUGGUGGAGUCGUCUUGUACACAACCAAGACAGGGAAUUGCUGGCUUGCGUACCUUUGGCUUUGUGUGCUGGUUUCAGUGGUAACGUUAACCAGGGGAAAUGCAGGACGGACAUUGGGUCUGACCUACGAGAAGCGGCAGUUCUGUAAGGCUCAGGUGGGUCCUUUCGAGUCCGGGGGGCGGGCGGCGUUUCUUGUGUGAGGAUAGAUAGAGGGAUUGCAGCUUUAUCCCUACAAACUCAAAAGGCUGUGAGGCUGAGAUGGGAUUAUAUCUCUCUACCUAUUUCGCUCUGAACUUUGUCCGCGCUCCUAGGUUAGGAUUGGAAACUUCCUUCUCACGGAACUGUGUGCUCAUCCACAUUGGAGUGUAAUGUGGAUUUGAGGUUUAAAUUUCCCUGUCCAAUUAAUGGAUGCAUUUACAUUUACAUAUAGAAACAUAGACCAUAAGGAUCAUCUAAGUGCAACCCCCCCCCCCCCGCAAUGCAGGAAUCAUUCACCCAACAUGGGGCUCAAACUCACAACCCUGAGAUUAAGAGUCUCAUGCUCUACCAACUGAGAUAUCUCUCAGUUUAUUAUUAUCAUUUCUUCACAACCUCCACAUCUAAGUGGCAGCCCUUAUUUUACACCCACUAAAUCUGGAUUUUCCCAAUCCACAGGUAUUCUGAGAAGGGAAUACCUUCUCAGGUAUUGUAUUUGGUUUGUAUUUUUUUUUGUACUGUGUAACUGUGCUCUCUGUUUGCUUUAUAUGAUGCUGCCUUUAUACAGGCUCCAAGGUUAAGAACUGCAGAUUACAGAUUGAAUUUGAGCUGCCUGUCCACAGGUCAGAGUUUGCAAAGAGCCCCCACCCCGUUUAGAUUCCUAUCCAACCUGCCAAGCUUUGGAUUUCUUCACUUGGUGUUUGAAAAGGGGAGGUGGCGGCAGGUCCUCCCAAGGAGGAGUAAAUCAUGAAGGACACUUGUCCCACCCUCAUGGGCUAGGCAUGAACAUCUCCCUUCUGUGACUUCCUGCCCCAUUUAUAUUUUUCAUCUAAAACCCAACAGCGAGGAAGUCAGCUUGUCAAAGUGGGCCCAAUCUUAGAAAAGGUGAAAUGCCUCUCCUAAAAUAAUGCCAACUGCCUGUGCUUGUUUGCCAAGUAUUUGCGUGAGACGUUUUUUAAGAUCAGUGACCUAAGCUGACUAAUCAACAAGGCGUUGCAGCCAUGCCCAGGAUUCUUAAACUGCACUGGGGCAUAAACUCAUUACUCUUCAAAUCAUUGGCAGGAUUUCCUAAUUGUUGAUGUGAAUCACCUGGCAUUUCUGCUGUAUAAAUAGUAUCUCAUAAUAGCUAAGAUUUUUGGCGUUAGAACAUGCGUUGAACAAAUGCAUUUUUCAGACUGAAAUAAUUCUUGUUGGAAAGUGUUUGUUCUCAAAACAAACAAAAAUAAGCUGGGGCAAUUUGGCCACUGGUUACAGUUCCCCAUGUUUUUCCUUUCCUUCAGCCAUUUUCUUCAUUUUUUCAGGCAGUGUCUUUAACCAGAAGUCCACCUUGUUCUUCCUCAGCUUCUCUGCUUUCCUUUGCUCCAGGUUGAAUUCCAAAUAUUCUUCAUUCAGACCAUACUGAGGCCAUUCCACCAAACCUUUGCCAUUUGGAUUCCUGAAAAAGAUAGAGCCGAGAAUUCAGUUCCUAUUCAGCAUUUUGGUUUUGUACUUUUUGGCAUGUACGUAAAGCCACUGAGUGGGGCCCAUACAGCAUCUCGGAGCGUAUUGCCAUCCGUAUGCUGACAGCACGCAUCUCUCUUUCUGCUGCUGAGAUGGUUGGUGUGCUGAACUGGUGCCUGGUCAUGGUGACGGACUGGAUGAGGCUCAAUCCGAAACAACGAGACGCUGUUAGUGGGUGGUUCCUUGGUAAUCUAUCCUCUAGCAUAGUGUUUUGAAAUAGCCAAGAAUCUCACCCAUUUCGGGCAAAGUUGCUCCAGUAUUUCAUCAUUUUUCUGCUGAGCUCUUUCUCGGCCUCUGUCGCUUUAUGUGAGAAGUACAGGGGGAAGAACGUAUUAGUCAUGUAGCAUGUAGUAAUUCAUGUAGAAUUUAUGGUAUUGACUAUCAGUAGAGCUUUAAAGAGGUAUUUCAAUGUUAUCAUUUGCUUAAAAUUUGUUUUGCUUCCUCAUCUGUUUAUGGCUUUUGUUUCCUAUCAGACGUAAACUCCUAGUACCCUUCAGAUAAAUUCCCAGAGUGGCUUAGUAAAGAUAUCAACUAUCAAACACUGGGAACUGUAGUUUGCAUGCCACAGAGUUGCAGUUCCCAGCACCCUUAAACUACAGUUCCCAUUUGGGGUGGGGGCUGGGCAGUCUGAUAAAUAUUGAAAUCAAAUUCCAUGGGCAUAUUUAAACAGCAGUCUGUGAACUGCUAAAGAUGGUUAAUGAUUAAAUUAAUCCUUGAUAAUGUUCUUAUUCAGCCUGCUUCUCCAAGUGGGGAGAAGUUCCAGGUCAGCUCCACUCACACAAGUUUGUUUGCCUUUGGAAGGAGGUCGCUGAGGCCAUUUCAUAAUAUUAGAGUUUCUUUACAGAUGUAUACAGGUUAAGCAUAGCUGAAGGCAGCAGUUUAAACACCCCAGAAGCAAAACCCACAUCAAACUUCCAGAGUGAGGCAAACCCCCAAAAGGCACAUUCCAGAGCUGCAAGACUCUGCCCCUUCCUGCUCACUUAUCCUGAGCUAGAAGCGGGAAAAGCCAUGUGUCUCCAUGAUGCCCAGUUCACAUGCGCUCACACGGGGCAAGACACAAAGAACAAAUGGAGCCCACUUAGCUCACCCAGCCAGCCCUCGUCACUGCUGGAGCAACACCAGUCCCUAGUGGCAUGCCUGUUGUGUCCUCACACUGCACUCCCAGAAUGGCUUUGCAAGGCUCAAAUCCGGGGGAGGGCAGCAUAAGAAGGGCACACCAGCCAUGUUCCCUUCGACCCCGGCCUCACCAGCAAAAGUGUGGCUGGGAACGAAGGGUGCAUGGUUGUUGCUCCCUUCUCAUGCCGCCCUCCCCAAGUGGCUUUGCAAGGCAGCAUGAAAUCUCUGCAGGAUCAGCUCCACUCAGCAGAAUCCUUGCCAAAGGCACCUGCAAGCCCCCUUGGGCGGGGUUUCUUCCUUUGAGUUCAGGUGUGGCUGCAGGGGAAGAAAGGGAAGAGUCAGGUGUGUGUUUACAGCUCCUGCUCCUGCUUCUUCCCCUUGAAGUUGGGCCACCCAGCAUUGUGGUGAUGUCAGGUGAGUGGCAGGUCGACAGCUGCACCUGCCUGCCAAGGGGGCUCAAAAGGACUGGGAUGGGAGCGCAGAAUACAGCCCUGGCAGCCAGAUCCUAUUCCCUAGCCCUCCCCUACAGCUUCAUUCAGAGGAGCUGCCAGUGGCAAAGUGCUGCCUGCUCCCUAAGAGUCAUCCUAAGUCGAAGAGGAGCAGCUGGGGUGGGUUUGCUUCCACUACUGCCUGCGGACGAGCAAAUCUGAUGCUUUUGCAUAUCACUGUGUUUGUUUGGUGUGGAGAGGGCUUGUGUGGGCCUUGUGACUGACAGUGUCUCUCCCCUCGUGGGCACCACAUGGCAGCGUAUGCAAGCCACAUGGGUUGUUAACAGCAAGCCUGUGUAUUUGUGUAAUGAUUGCCGUUACUACCAUUAUAAAAUUAUAAAGGAAACACUGCUUUGCUGCUUACAACAGUGAGUGCUUACACACACACACACACACACACACACACACACACACACACACCUCUUACGAUGCACAGGCAGAGAGACACAGAAGGAAUCAAAGAGAGACAGCAUGCUGUGAUUGACAGAUACACCACUUCAGCAGGCGCUGAACUUAAAGCCAAAUGUGUGUGUGGCAACAAGUGAUACAGUAAUGAUAAAAGCCAUCUUUAUUGUGUGCUGCUUUCUGCGCUGUGUGGCCCCAGCACAUGACUCUCCAAGACAGUGACGGCAGCACACACACAGAAUCACUCUGUUUUAGAGGCAGAUUCAAAAUAAAACAAGACGGGAUUCUAUAGAAAAAGAGACCAGCUAAACUAAGUGUCUUCAUUAAGGUUAAUGGCCCUGGUCUAGUCUGCUAAGUAUUUAUUUGCAGGGGGCUGCUUGCUACAAAAAUUACUAACUGGAGAUGCUUCCAGAAAGGGGGCAGGUAUGUCCUCCUCACCUGGCUGGAGGUUAUCAGCGAAUAGUCCCAGGUGACAGUCGAAUCUUGAACUGGGCUAGGAAGAGACAUGGGGUACUUCCAGUCUGUUGAUAUUUUGAGGACGUCUUCGGUCCCAUACCAACAGGUUCAGGUUGUGUGGUUAGAGUUGAUUUGGUGUUCUUGCUUAAUACACUUGCUCCCCCCUCCAAAAACAAAGCAAAAACAAAAACCCUCACACUUUUUGGUGAUAAGGGACCAGGAAUGGCACACUUUCUUGAUACAAUAUUGCAUAGCCUGCCUGCAAGCAAAUCAGAAUGAAUGCUCAACAGAUUGUCAGCCACCACAGAGGCUGAGGCAGCGAAGAGGGGAGCUAGUAACCUCACAGGGGAGCAAGAUCUGUUGGGAGUAUUUGUAUCGUGAGCCCUUCCGUCUUAUGCUCAGGCUACGUGUGUGGCUACAUAAAAUCAUAUAUCACAAAAAAGACGCCACUGUGACCUUUAUUCUAAGGAAAACAAACCUGAGAAAUGUGCUGGCACCCCUGAAAUAUCUCAUAGCUUCACAAUUGGGUGCAUGUAAUGUUGCAACUCUGGCAAUAAAAGACAUGAAUGCUAAAUAUAUGUGCUUGGAACGAAGUUCUGCUUAUUGCUGCAGAAUGUGUUUAGGACUGUUGCCUUGCUGUCCCAUAAUUCAGCUUUGCAUUCAGUUCAGUGUGAAGGAGCCACAUUACUCUGGCCAAGCUAAGUGUACUGUUGCCAUUCUAUCUGAAAAAGGAGUUCUGCGCAGACUCUUGAUCUAAAUUCAGUGGUCUAACAAAGUUUAGAGCCUUAGCAACAAAGCACUUUAGAAACGCUUUGCAUGCAUAUCAUCAUGUUGCAAUUCUUACAAACAACUGUGUAAGGUCAGUAAGUACUUUCCCCUAUUGCAGAUUAGUUCAGGGGUGGCAUUGCAUAAAAGCCAGAAGUCAACUGAGGGCAACUCAAUCUGUGUUCCAAGAGUUCUGCUGGUAAAUGAGCACAGUCUCGCAUCUUGCAAAUUCCAGGGGUUAAAACCAGACAGUGUUUCAGAGUCUGGCCUCCCUUGACAGCCUCCCCCCCCCCCCGCUUAAUUUUUUUAUUCAAAAUUAAAACAAAACAUAUUAUCCAGAAACAUAUCAUCCUUAUUUCCCCCCCAUUUUUCCUCCCUCCCCCCACCCUCCCACACAAAACCCACCCACCCCCACCGCCUGGCUUCCCUCAGUUCCAGUCUUUGAUUUCCUUGAGAAUGCUGUUUUCUGCAUGUUACAAAGUUGUAUAGAUCCUCACUAUUUAGCUGAUUAUUAUCAAUAAAAAAUUUGUGAAUGUUUAUUCAAAACCAGCCAAGGAGUCCAGUUCGCUUUGUUGCGUCUUCAAAUACUUUGUAAAGGGUUCCCAUUCAUCUUUAAAGUCACAGUUAUCCUUGUCCUGUAGCUUGUAUGUCAGUUUUGCCACUUCUGCAUAGUCCAUCAGUUUUUCUUUUCUUUUUUUAAUAAUACUUAUUAUUUUUCCAAAAAAAUUAAACACUAAAAAAACCCAAUACAAUACAUUAAAUUUACAAAGCAAAACAAAAAACAAUAAAACAAAUCAAACAGUUUCAUUAUCCCAUCUUUCACUCACUUAUUUCCGCGACCUCCUCACACCUCCCUUUUUGUAUUCCACUUCUGUUAAUUAUUUCAGCAAUUCCUUUCCAUCUCAGUUUUUCUUGCCACGAUUCUUUAGUUGGGGUUUCUUCAGUCUGCCAUCCUUCCAUCCUUCUGCUAGUAGAACUCUCGCGGCCGUUGUCGCAUACGAAAUGUUUUUGGCAGUUUACCUUCUUUGGUCUCUUUUUUCCUGGCUGAUCUGUCUUUCUCUAAAGUUGGAACUCCAUUUAAGACUCCCAUUAAAAUAAUCUUCUGAUCUGUAAAUUCAAGUAGUUCUGUUUAUAGUUUUUUGAAAAGAAUUGCUUUUUAGGUGCGUAAAUACCAACCAGUAUCAACCAGUAUUAUUAAAAUUCUGCCUUUUUUUGUCCUUCUGAAUCAAUUUGGGUUCAAGUGCACCCCCUGCUUAAUUAUUAAUGGAAUUGCUAAGGGAGAUGGAGCUGCUGCUGCUGGACCAUCUCCAAGCCCCGUUCAAGGUUAAUCGCAGGCCUUUCCUCUGCAACUGAACUCUCCUGGCAUCAGAUGUUACACAAUCCUUACUGCUUAUCUUUGCCAAUGCCAACCUUUGCACUGAAAGAAGCUACUUGUGUUUCAGGCAUCUGAGUAGGCUGAAGAUUUCGAUGGCUGGCCCAAUGGCUUACUUGCUCCCUCUGAUCCUGGCCUCCUGGGCCACCGUUUUGACAGCUGAAGGUAAGAUUUUAGAUUUUUUAUAUAUAAAAAUUUAUUCAAAUUUGCAAACAACCAUCAAGCAAACAAAUAAAACAAUUAUCCACGUUUAGCUUUUGCCUGGAUCUUUACUGCUCUGUGUCUGAGCAUUUGUUUGUUUUCUUUUUCCUGAGCUUUCUCCACGGGAACCCGCUCUUUACAGCUGAAUUGGAGCAAAUUCGUGGUUUCCACAAAUUGAUGUUUGCUCCAAUUCAGCUUUAAAGAACAGGUUUUUGUGGAGAAAGUGGCAGGAUGGGGGGAAAGGGCACUUGUACAUGAAGCUUUAAAUCAUCUAGGUCAUUUAAAACCUCCAAGGAAGGAGAGUCCACCACCUCUCAUGGGAGUCUGUUCCACUGCUGAACAGCUCUUACUGUCAGAAAGCUUUUCCGAAUGCUUAUUCGGAAUCUCCUUUCUUGCAACUCGAAGCCAUUGGUUCGAGUCCUAUGCUCCAGAGCAGGUAUGGUUCAUGCCUAGAAAGAGUGGAGGAAAGGUACAUGUGGAGAAGUCCUGCCAGCAGCUCAUCAAGGCAGCUGGAGGUGUGGGUCAGGCAGUUUCCUAACUCCGUCAUCCCAGGCACCUUUUUCAGAAGUGGAAAUGCUGCAGUGGGGGAAGGGUUUGGCGGUCCCUGGGCUGUGUGUAACUCUGCCCUUCACUGGGGUCUUGACUUGGGGGCAAGUGAUGGCUCCGGUGGCUAUUUCCCUCUAAUGCCCAUCCUUCUAGACCUCUGGCUUGUUGAGCCAAACAAGAUUUCAUCACCCAACAUGUCUCUAUGAUCCCACAGCUUUCCCGUUCAGCUGGAGCCUCAGGUCUAAUAUGGCAUCAUGGCUCCACCUGACAACUUGGAAAGCUUUGGAAGUGGGCAUUUGGGGUUCCUGCCUCAGCUGCAAGGUUGCCCCACUUCCAGUUCUGACCUGUGAGGCACAUUAAGCCCCCAAACCCAGGAUUAGAGAUGGUAGCAGAGGAGGACACUGAGGUGCAGAAGGGGAGCUUCACGCGGGCCAAGCUCACUCGGGGGAACUCAAACUGGGGACUCAGCUACACAGCUGCAAAAAACAACAAAACGUUUUAAAUGUGCUGUAAAGUGAAAUAUACAAAUGUGACACUAGAUGGUGAGAGUGAGCUAUGCAAAAUUCUAUGUAUUUUUCAAAACUUUUCUUUUUUUAAAAAAAAGCAUGUUCAUGGCGUUUUUUAAUAUGUGUGUAGAUUCCACCUGGGAUAUAACUCUGCUACCAAGACAAAACUUGCUAAACUGAGACAAUUCUUGUUGUUUUGCAUGCUGAAGCCCUAAUAGGUUGCAUUUACGAUCACGUUCAUGCUGCCAAAUCACACAGUCUCUUCCCGCUGCUGUUGAUGCCCAGGAUUAAAAUAUGACCCAAAGGAACACAGAGGGAGGGAGGGGAAGUUACUAAGCAAAUUGUGCAGAAAAAAAGGGGACGAUAAAAGAGAAGGGGGGUGUACAAUCCUCCUGCUGAGAAGGUGGAAGAGGAAGGGGAACUGUGGGACUGCUGUUAAGAAAACACCCAUGGAGAAUAUAAAACCAGUGCUCUGGUUGGGAGGGAAGAUUCCAGUGGAGGAAAUAGUUCCCCGGAGGGAAUCCCAGAUAAUUACACCAUCUGCACUCAGUUCUCAGCCAGGAGGAAUGUGAGAGAGAGAGAGAGAGAGAGAUUGGGAAGUCCUGUGUGGGUACACAUACUAAGCUUUCAGCAGUCAACAGUGUGAUGAGGCGGAGGAAACGCAAACAGUGGUGUCCCCAUUGACCAAGGCAGAGAUAUUAGUAAGAGAAUAUUUAUUUCAAAGGCAGUGAUUCUUGGAUCAAGUUGAGUGUGGACAGGGGUGGGGUGGGGACUAGGGUGGCACACAUGCCAUACUUUUAAAGCACAUUUAAAUCAUGUUUUUUCUCCCCAAGGAAUCCCAGGAGUUGUUCUGGUGCUAGGAAUUGUAGCUCCAUGAGGGGUUUCCCAACAACUCUCAGUACACUUAAUAAAAUAUAGUUUCCAGGAUUUGAGUGUGUGUGUAAAUGUCUGGUGUGUACACAACCUAGGUGGCCAGUGAGUCUUCCUCUAAUUUAUGAUUUGAUUAAGUAGUAAAAAGGUGCAUUAAGUCAGUCAAGGAUAUCCCCAAAGUCAGUCAAGUUCUGCCCGGCUUGCGGAAAGUGGAGCUUGUGCUGCCUUUGGCCGCAUAAGGCCAGAGCAGCAUUGCUUCAGGACUCCCAGGCUUUUCCAGAUGUGAAAUCUAACCCUGCUUCUGACACCGGAGAGCUGAAUAGUUAGCAUUUAGAAGCUUGAAAUUCUGCAGCUUCUGUGCAGGAAUAGCAAUGGUUCUCUGACUCAGACAUUUCUGUAUAUGCACUCGCAGGCCAAAAUCCUUCUCCUCCACAAGUGCUUACCAAGUAUGGGAAGCUCCAGGGCCAGCAGGUCCAAGUCAGUGGUGCUGAGAGAAAGGUGGAUGUUUUCCUUGGAAUCCCCUAUGCAAAGCCACCUCUUGGGCCAUUACGGUUUUCCCAACCACAGCCGGCAGAACCUUGGAGCAAUCUGAGAGAUGCAACUUCCUACCCACCAAUGUAAGUCAAGUGCAGGGGAAGUUGGGUCACCCCGAAAAAGUAUUACCUGCUGGGAUUGUUAGAAAAGUUGACCUAACAGAACUUGCUAACCAGGCUGUAAUUUUCUGAAUGCCCUCUGGAUAUGAAAAUCCCCUUGGUCCGCAGAUAAUGGAGGUUCAUCUGAGGGAUAAAUUACAUAUUUUUGUUAGAAGAUCAGCAUUUGAGGUCUCUUGGGUGGAUGCCAUCCAGACCCCACAAUUUCUUAUCUUUUAUUUUUUUUAUUCGGUCUAGACCAGGGGUAGUCAACCUUUUUAUACUUACCGCCCACCAAUGCAUCUUUUCUUGAUAGUAAAAUUUCUUUACCGCCCACUUGUGCUGCAGUAACAAGUGGUGUAGAACCCCCUACCGCCCACCUGGAAUCCUGAAACGCCCACCAGAGGGCGGUGGGGACCAGGUUGACUACCCCGAUCUAUAGUAUUCUAGACAGUGUGUGGUAUCUGCAACCUUCACACCAAGCAGGCAGGUUACCAUGCACUCUGCAUGCCAAUGAGAAACCUAAGUAUUUAUGUCCCUAAUGAUUGAAUCACCCCCUACAAGGAUCCCCUGGCUUCCCCCCAAGAAAUGGCUCCCGUUUAAGACAGCAUUUCCCUCUUUUCCCCUGAGAGAUGCUUUGCUUCCCCAGGACGCCCCCCCAAUCCUCCAUGAAACAAACUAGCUUUUAAAACAAACUAGCUUUUAAAUGGUUUUAAACUGACCUGAAAGCUGAAACUUGUACCAUAGCAAAGAGAGGGCAACAGUCAGCUACUCAGAAGGCUUGUCUUAGAGGCUUGGUGGCCUUUGUUCUGCAGCACCACUUAAGGAAAAGACUAUAUCAGAUCAGGCGGGCACAGGCUGCCGCCCUGGGUUUUAGUCCUUUGUUGGCAUUCUCCAACAAAGCAAUUCACCAGAAUUGCUUCCCCCCAUGCAUUAAGACAUGCAACACUUUGCUUCCUCUCUACUCAAUUGGUGUUUGCUGACAGUCAAAUAUGAGAAGCUUUUUUCGCACUGUGUGUACUGAAUUAGUUUAUUUCUUUUAUUUGCUUUGUCAAGGUGUCUGCAGGAUCCGGAAGUGGGACAAAUGCUGUCAGAUAUGUUUACGAACAAAAAGGAAAAGGUCUCUUUGAGUAUUUCUGAGGAUUGUCUGUACUUAAACAUCUUCACCCCGGCUUGUUCUGACAAGAACAGCAAGUUACCAGUAAGCCAUGUUCUUCUUCAGGGCUUUUCACUCCCUAUUAUGUGUCUUGGUCAAGCAGCCUGCCUAAUGUAGCCCACAGCUAUAUAAACAUACAAAGCCUUAAACAGCUCAGGAUCCAACUACUGAAGGAAUCAGAGAAUCUUAGAGUUGGAAGGGACCCAAGGGUCAUCUGGUCCAACCCCCUGCAAGGCAAAAAAAUCUCAGCUAAAGCAUCCAUGGUUGGAUGGCCAUCCAACCUCUGCUUAAAAUUCUCCAAGGAAGGAGAGUCGAAAACCUCCCGAGGGACACUGUUCCGCUGUUGAACAGCUCUUACUGUCAGAAAGCUUUUCCAUAUGUCUAGUUGGAAUCGCCUUUCCUGCAACAUGGGUUCGAGUCCUACCCUCCGGAGUAGGAGAAAGGAAGUUUGCUCCCUCCUCCAUGUGGCAGCCCUUCAGAUAUUUGAAAAUGGCUAUCCUAUCUCCUCUCAGUCUCCUCUUUUCCAGGCUAAACAUACAAGUGAAGCAUGACAUCAAACCCACUCUGAUGGGGCAGGUAACCCAGCACGAGCCCCAAAUUCUAUCUUUUGCUUUCAGGUGAUGGUCUGGAUCCAUGGAGGAGGAUUACUGGUGGGUGCUGCAUCCACAUACGAUGGGUCUGCGUUAGCGGCUUUUGAAAACGUGGUGGUGGUGGCAAUUCAAUACCGGCUGGGCAUUCUUGGUUUUUAUAGGUAAGACUUUUGUCCCAAGCUCCUUCAAGACUGUGCCUGAAACGUGAGUGGAGCAGAAGGAUAGGUCCCCACCCGGGUGUUCCUCUUGGGGAUUGGAUGGACCACCCAUCCACAGGCCACCCAUGCUGCUUUCCUCCCUCGUGGGGGACAGAAUGGAUUGCUUGGUGGCAACCAAAAGCUUUCCACGGCCAGUGCUGGAGUGCCACAGGGAAAACGGAGCCUGCCUUUCCCACUGCUGACAACACACUGGAGCCUCAAACUGGGAACCCUCUCCCUGGGGACAGGGCAGGAGGUGGGGUGAGCAGGCAAAGUGCCACACCACUAAGACCACAUUGUGCAUCAUACCAUCAAGUGACCACGGGUGGUGGCCCUUUGCAGGUGGUGGCCAGUAGGAGGCUGCUGGAGGCUUCCAGGGCUGGGUGGAGGGGCACAAAGGAGCUUGGACUGUGCUUUUUUAGGAUUACAGCUUUCGUGUCCCUGUUCUGCCGUCACAACAAGCUGUGAAGUAGAAGAGGCAAUAGACCUCUGGCCUGAGGCUAAGUGGGGAUUUGAACCUGGAUUUCAAGCCCAGGUCUCUAAGACUGGCUGUCAGUGACUGGGAAAGUGGAACUUCUAUUCAGAUACUCACAUCUUCUACAACACCCCUUCCUCCCCUCCAAUGUGCAUGUGGUCAAAUCUAGACACGUCCAGUGAGACAUCAUUGCUUCUGGAGAGGCUGCUUCAUUUCAGGGUAACCAGAUUAAAAGGAAUUACUGCAGGGCAUUUUCUCGUUGCAUGCCCAUGGGUUGGUUUUGUAUUGUGGCUGCUUUUCAAAAAGUUAAUCAGGUUUGGCAGAUCUUCUGUCUUUGCAACAUGGGGGAGGAUGCUGUACUACAUCUACACCCACCCACCCCUUUCAGGCUAAGAUUGGAUUGCAUUGUUCCUUGUCAUGCCUGUCCUACCUCCAAGACCUCUUAACAUCUGCAUGCGGGCAUAACAUUUGAAACAGGGUCUCUGCAAGUAAAGAUUCAAUGCAUAUAAACACAAAUUGCACUAUGAAUUUCUGGAUGGUAUAUGGGAUGUGGUUUGUGUUGCUCUGGCCCAUGUGUGUUGCAUUUGACAUGCAACACAAUACAGUCCUGCAUGCAAGUGUUACAGCUGUCUACACAUGUUGAGGAUGACAGGCAUGCUGUGUUGGGUGGAACAUUACCUGAACUGGUUUAGUACAGAUAUUAGGACAGCCUUAGGACAUUUGAAGGAAUGAAAGUUUGUAGUUCAGCUAGGAGAAUCUCUCCUUUCGAUUUGCUUUUCAACAAAGUGAAAAUAAGGAAUGUUGACUAUUUCCUUUUGUAGAUGUCUUCUUUCUGAAUCCCCAAAUACCAUCUGAGGCUAUCAUUUCUGUGCUUCUUUUUCAUUCCAGUACUGGUGAUGAGUUUGCACGUGGAAACUGGGGCCUCCUGGAUCAAGUGGCAGCUCUCCAAUGGGUCCAAGAGAACAUUGCAGCCUUUGGAGGAGAUCCUGGAUCAGUUACUAUAUUUGGAGAGUCUGCAGGUGGAUUCAGUGUUUCUGCCCAUGUAGGUUCAUGGGGAUCAUAACAUGUGCUAUUUAAUUUAUGAUUCAUUUGUUUAUUUUUUGUUCAUAGAAUUUCCAGGCCUUCUAUUGCAAGUGAUUAGCUAUAAAACUUAGCAAAUAUUACAUUUGUUAUAUUGCUCCAUAAACCUAAGAUUAAUAAUGUGCAGAAACUAUUCUGAAAACAACUCAAGAAGUGUUUUAAUUGAAAUGUUGCAUUAAAAAAACCCUGAAUAGGAAAGCUUAUAAAACAAAAUGGGCAACUGAUAUUGAAGGUUUUUUGUUUUGCAAAUUAAUGUCACUCUGAAGCAGUUUAAUUUGAGAAUAAAUUUAUAGUUUAUUUCUAUUACUCAGAUAGAAAUUGAAAAAAAGCAUAUUUAACCUUCUAACGGUCAGUGGUUCUCUAAACAGCCCUGCCCCCAGGCUCUGAACUGCCAUGACUAAUAGUGAAAUGUGGGGUGGGGUUCAAAGCCUGGCCCUGCUUAUGAGGCAAGCUGGUGACAGCUGUUUCAUACCCUCCAAUAUUUCUCCAGUGAAAAUAGGGAUGUCCCAUUCCAUAAAGAUAAUCUUACUAUUUAUACCCCACACAUCUUCCUGGGUUGCCCCGACCACUCUGGGCAGCUUCCAACAUGUAUAAAAACAUAAUAAAACAUUAAACAUUAAAAAAAAAAAACCUUCCCUAUACAGGAUUGCCUUCAGAUGGCUCAGGAGUCAAAUAACUCCAUAUCCUCCAACAUUUCUCCAAUGAACAUAGGGACAGCCUAAGGAAAAGAGGGACAUUCUGGGAUCAGAAACCGGGACGACUUCUCUAAAUCAGGGACGUCCCUGGAAAAUAGGGACACUUGGAGGGUCUGCUGUUUGGGGUAACAUUCAAAGGGCAACAAAUGGUGUCACAUGCCAAGAAGGCUGUCUCUCUGGGGGAGACCACCCCUCCCUGCUUUAGUGGGUAACAAUUGAACCUAGACAGGUUUGAAGUGUGUCAGAAUUGCUAAUCAUCCACAUUAAGGGUCAAAGUAGCUAAUGCGCUGGUUUUCAAACUUCCUUUUGGCAGACCUUCAGAAUAUCGGAGUGGAUUGCAGACCACUCACAUAGUUAAUGCAGGGCUCUGGCCCAGUGUGUUGGGGCCCACUGUUGCUCCCCUUAACAGAGGGUGUGCCAUAGUUCUGCCACUCUCACCUGUGCCUGCACUUUGGAGGGAUGAGACCCAGGGUGAAGGCGGUAUUACAGAUCUUCUCGCUGAUGAGACCCUGAGGAAGUCCAGCACCCCUCAGGAGGAAUGCUUGGACAUUGCCACCCUUUUGGAAAUAGGAGUGAUAUGGCAAGGCCCUGACUGGGAUGUCUGUUUUCCCUGCUUCCCUUCUCAGGUCGUAUCUCCUCUGUCAAAAGGUUUGUUCCACAAAGCUAUCUCUGAAAGUGGCGUUUCUGUCAUGGAGGCUCUCACAAAGGUUGAUCCACAAAAGUUUGCAAAGGUCAGUGUUUGAAAACAGACGGAAUUGGCAAGGGAGGGCAGCUAGAGCUGAGCAUGUGUGUAGUCCAAGGAGCUGUGUUGCACUUUUUAAAACAAGAAAACCAAAACAUGAAGUGGCCUGUUUCUUAGGGUGACAUGCAACUGUCUCAGGGUUCUUACACCUGUCUCAGGAUGUUGGGGCCUCCCUGUGUGUUGCACACUUAGUUCCAUGGCGUUGAAGCAUUCUCCUCUGCCCUCCUCUGCUCCUUUUGUUUACACCUCGCUGUGUCCACACAAGUAUUAAAAAUAUUUGUGCUUCUCCUGAUGGAGCAGAACAGCCUGUUCCUUCUGACGCUCAGCCAGGACUGGUUUCUUUCUCAUGGUUGCAGAAAAUUGCUGCGACUGCUGAUUGUCCGACAUCCAGCUCAGUCGAGAUGAUUCGUUGCCUCAAGGGAAAGACGGAGAACGAGAUCCUACAGACGACUCUCAAGAUGGUAAAUGUGCUGCAAUCUGAUGCUGCCCUCUGCCUAGAUGGGGAGAUAAAAGUAUUGAUAGAGGUUAAGGAAUCUCAGAGUGGAACUAGAUGUAGAGAUGAUGAUGAUGAUGAUGAUGAUGAUGAUGAUGAUGAUGAUAAUGGCACAAUCAUUUUUAGUCCUCCUAUCCCUGUUCCAUCACGGCAUGAGAAUUGAGUAUGCUUAGUGGCCAUGAAAUGUUACCAGUUGGGAGGUGGGAAGCACUACAGGUAAGGGAGCAGGGAGAGAGUAGAAUGCCCUGCGUGAGUGAAGCUCCUCACACCUUGGAGCCUGUCCAGCAGAAGAGAAGCUGCUCCUGCAAAUGUCCCACUGGUUGUUUAAUUCGCUUCCUUCCAAGGUAGCGUCCGCUCCUGGGGCUUUGCCCUCUUCUGCCCUGUGCACAGCUCCUAUUGUUUUCCUAUGUGUAAGACAAUUUCUCAGUGAUUUAUGUCUGCAGACCUUUAAACGCCAGUCCUCUCCCCUUCCCCCUUCCUGUAAUUGCAGGAUUUCACCACAAUGCAUCUUGGCGCAGAAGAAGAAGUGAGUAAAUCAACGGAAUGAGGAUGGCCUGAGGGGAGGGAAGGAAGUGAAGAACACUUACCAUGAGAACAGGCACCAACAGCAGCCGCCUGAGGGCAGCUCUAAGCCUGCUUCUCUUUCAAACUGCAGGCAAGAGUUCUCUGCACCUCAGGAUCCAUAAAUGGAAUCCGGAUGCACACUUUUAUGUGGCUGGAUGCCACCCCCCCUUCUGUGUAAAGAUAAGAGUCGUGUCCAUUGCUCUUCCCCCUUCUGCAUCUGCUCCCACCUACUAUUGGCAUUGGCUCUCAGAAGGCUGUCUAUAUGGCUAUGUGGCCCUCAAGCUGGAAAAGACUCCCCAGCCCCAUUUUAUAAGAUGUCCUGUAAUCUUGUUGGUGUUAAGUACCAGCAUCCCUUUUCUCAUGUACUCUUCAUGGCAUUGACCCUUUGACCAGUAAGUGGGCCACAAACAGGCUUCACCACAAGAAUGCCAUGCCUUUAAGAGCAAGAGGAAGAGCAGAACAUUGGACAUAUUUAUGUUAGGCAUAAAUGAAAGUUCCAGCCCUGAAGACCGAAGCAAAAGCAAAUAACUGAUUUUUUUGUUAUUCUCCCCUCCCUCCAGCACACUGUGUUCUACAUUGCAAGUGUUGAUGGUUUAUUUCUUCCAAAACACCCCAAGGACCUCCUUGAAGAGAAAAGAAUUAAUAAUGUUCCAUUCAUCAUUGGCGUCAAUAACCAUGAAGCAGGAUGGAUUAUUCCUAGUGUAAGACAUUGUGUGUGUAUUUUCAUGCACCUUUCUGGAGCCCCCUAGUGCUCACAUCUAGAACUAGGAGCUCUGCUUCUUCUCCUCUAGAUGCUGCAGUUGCCGGAUGCCACCAAGGGGCUUGACAGAGAGACGGUCACUCUUGUGCUGCGCAGCUCAGAGCAAAUCUUGGUAAGGGGCUUUCUCAGACUGAUUGACUCUCUAAUGUCAUUAGCUGUACUUCCCCAAGUGAAUUGUUGCUUGGGGUGGCAAGGAGGGGCUUUUUUGGAGAUGCUUGAUAUCCACUGGCAGCUUUCUGGCCGUCUAAAGAACUCUUUUCAGCAUCUUCAUCAAGGGGAUGGCAGGGAAGGGAAAUUACAGGGUUCCCAGCAGAAGGGAAUAAUGUGGUUCAAUGUUGCCCUUGUCCUUGAUCAUGGGGGAAGCUACUGUUCAAUAACUCUUCCUGCCUUUAUCUGCCCAUUGCAGGGUGUCGCUCCGGAGCACGUUCCUAUAGUUGCCAAUGAAUAUCUGAAGGAUGUUAGCGACCCUGUACAGCUCAGGGACAAACUCCUCGAGCUGCUAGGAGAUGUGGUAUUUGUUGCUCCAGCCAUCCUAACAGCGAAACUCCACAGAGGUCAGUUUGCUGUCAGAGUUGCUGCAUCACAGGUGGUCUUGACUGGGCCAGUAGAAGUGAGCUAGCUGCUCACUAGGAAUGAGGCAUAAAUUGGGUUUCAUUGGGAUUUUAACAUGAACCUCACCAAUUCACACUUUCUGAAACAAAAGUGAAACAUAGCUAGCCUUCAAAAUUAGUAUUUCUCCCAAUUUUGUGAUGCAAUUUCCCCACCAAAUAGUGUGUGCAUCUGGGGAAAGUUUGAAGAAAAAAAAUCUGUAUAUUAGUGAAAACUACACAUAAAAAUGCAUUGUGUUAGGGAAAAUUGCUUGCAAAAAUUUGUUGUUAGGAGAAACUUGCACUAAAAUGCUUGUGGGUUUUCAUGAGGACUUCACACAAAAAUUGCAAAAAUGUGGAGCACCUUCCUCUUGAAUUGAUUCCCCCCUCCACCCAAGAUGUCUCCACUCAUGACAGCUGCAGAUGCUGAGCCCAGGUUUGUUGGUGUGUGAAGGAUUUAUUUGCUUCCACCGCUGAGCUGCUGGCCUUCAGCAUUAACUGCCUGUGGCUCUCUCAGAAUGGCCAUGCAAGCAUUUGGUUGGGGUAGGGGGAUGGAGAUUACUUUCUACCAGGAACUCUGGUUUUCAGUUUGAAGUCUGGGAAAUAGUGGCUAUGCUAGUUGAGAGAAUAUCCCCUGGAACCUCCACAUGGAAAGAAGUCAAGAGUAUGGGUGAGUCCCUCUGGUUUUGGAAACAAUUAAAAACUCUUCAAAGCCUCUUUCUUCCGAGAGAUAAAGUGAAGUGAACACCUGCCCCACAAGCAGUGAUCCCCCUUCAAACUGUCAUCAACUCUCUGAAAAUGACUUCCGGUUCCAGUUCCAAAAUCAAGAGUGGGCAAUUAGAACUGGCUCACAGACUGAAUCCAGAACUUCUCCCCCACAGCAGACCAUUCUGGACCUAAAUGAAAAUGUUUUUGUAAAUAAAUAAAUAAAUUUAAGGUUUCCUCCUGUUUUCUUCCACCAGCUACUCACUCAGCAUGUUGCUUUAUGUUUAUUUUGGGUAAUGUGCCAGAGAAUGCCCCCUUCUAACAACAUCUUUGGUUUUUUCCAGAUGCUGGCUACCCAGCCUAUGUGUAUGAAUUUCAGCACCGUCCAAGUUCAUCCUUGGGCUUUAAACCGGACUAUGUUAAAGCAGACCAUGGUGAUGAAAUUUGCUUUGUCUUGGGGAAGCCUUUCUUAGCAGGUGAGGUGCUUCUGCUCUCUAAAACUUUUUACAUUUUAUUUUUAGCAAUUAAUGAUAUUUUGGUUUCAUCUGCAAACGAUGGCCAUGUAAUCACAUCUAAACAGGAUGUUUAAACCUCAGGAUUGCUGGUGGUCACAGAGGGGCUGUAGGUGGCUGCAUUUUGAAGACUCUUAAAUUGUUGUCCAAGGCAGAUCCACAUGCAAUUUGUUAACAGCAGUCAGAUUUUAAGGUUGUGAAGGUAUGAGCCACUGUUGCCAAUCCAACACUUCCCACCCCUCUCGCUUCUGGUCCUGGCAUCCCAGCAUUGAUUGCAUGAGUGACUCUCACUGAGCCUAAAUGGCAAGAGGAGUGAAGUUAUGGACGAAAGCUGCAGGAGAUCCAUUUGCACCAGGCAGUGAAGCUCUUUUGAAGCAUGUCUCCCUAAUCUAUAGGACUCCUUAGUGAGUAUCUUGUGACUCCAGCUGCAAUCAAGCAGAACGAAAGUGACCUACACUAUUGGCCAGAAUUAUGGAAACUUUUUGGAAAAAGUGUAUUUCUGAGGUUUGAUGGCUCAUAACACCACUUUUUUUGAGUAAUACCAUAAAAUUAUAUAUCAAUGGAAAGAUAAUGAAGAAUGCAGCAAAGUUUGUUCAGUUAUCUGUACUCUAUCAAAAUUUAUAGCCAAAUAACCAGAAAAAGGAAGCACAACUUGCUUAGGUUAAUAUGCAGUAGCUUUCCUUAAUUUGAAUGUAGCCAAUGAGCAUGAGUGUUUAGAGAGCCAAUCAGGUGUUAUGAGCCAUCAAACUUUGGAAAUACACUUUUCCCAAAAGGUUUCCACAAUUUUGGCCACUAGUGUAUUAAGGGCUAGGUGACCUGUAGCAAUGUAUAGGAAUUUUAUAUAACUCAUUUUUUCUGUUGUUCCCCCCCCCAUAAAGAGCCACUCUGUGUGUUAUGAAGCUAUUAUUGUUACGCAAGAGAAACUGAAUUAUUUCUGUAUACAGGCAGAGCAUAAGGAGGAAGGGCUCAUAGCAUUAACACUCUGCUUCCCCAUUAGGUUUCCAAGAAGAUCUCCAAAGCCUCAUCUUUGGUUUCACAGAGAGCAAGUAAUCCUCCAGACCACCAGCCACCCAGUCCGAUAACAAUAUUUUAUAUCGCUCCUUUGUUGUGAUUUUUAUUAUUGUGAUAUUAUUAUUGUAUUGCAUUUUUGUAUUUGGUAUACAUAGAAAAGGUAAAAAAGGUAAAGGACCCCUGGAUGGUUAAGUCCAGUCAAAGGUGAUUAUGGGGUGUGGCGCUCAUCUCACUUUCAGGCCAAGGGAGCCGGCAUUGGUCCACAGCUUUCUGGGUCAUGUGGUCAGCAUGACUAUACCGCUUCUGGGGCAGCGGAACACCAUGGUUGUAUCCAAUGGGUGAAAUUCAGUGAAGCUUUACUAAGAGUAGACCCACUGCAAUUAUUAAUUUACCCUGAGUAAAAGUUGAAAACUAUCCCAUAAUCUUUAAAAAUGGCUUACAUCUGUAUUUUUGUCUCUUGUCUGCAGGUGAUGCAACAGAGGAAGAGAAAAGACUGAGCAAAACGGUUAUGAAAUAUUGGGCUAAUUUUGCUCGCAGUGGGUGAGUAAUAGAAUAGAAUAGAAUAGAAUAGAAUAGAAUAGAAUAGAAUAGAAUAGAAUAGAAUGCUGAUGUUGUGUUACUGUAAUAUAGGCCAUUUUGAACCAGUGGGUGUAUUUUGAAUUUUGAGAGAAUGUUAUGGGCACAAGUCACAAAAUGGCUGCCAUGAAGGUGUGGCAUAACACAAAUGGCAUAACACAAAAUUAGACCACAGUCAUGGCUCCUUUACUCUCUCUCACACAUACACUCCUCCAGGACAAUCUAUUGCUUAGCAUGUGAAGCCAGCUAUAUCCUGCUAGCCCUCAUUGUGGAGAUACAGCUGUUAAAGGCAGAAUAACCCUGUUUUUUUCUCCAGUGUCAAUCCUACACUAAAGUCUAGGCUGCCAUCAGAUGCCCAUUUACCUGGGAGUAAGCUCCAUUAAACACUUACUUUGAAGGAGAUGUAUAAACCCUUGUACUGUAAGUGAAAAUACAGCAAAUUCUUAAUGAGGGCCUGGCUUCCGGCUCCUGCAAAACAGGAGACAUACCUCGGCCUCUUUGAAAAAUUUUCACCAUUUGAAUUUGCCAUUCUGGGUGAGGAAUUAUUUAACAUUCACACACACUUACUGUGUAGUAUUUGCAAUAAAAUAACUUCUAGGGAGGGCUGACCACAGAAAAAAUGCAUCCCAGUUGCUGGAGGAAAAGGAAAUAUAAACUACGGAGAUUUCAAGGACCACUAAAAAUACAUAAGUGAAGAAAGCACACUAAAGGCAAGUGGACAUUAGCAGCUGUUUAGGACCCUGGGGAUCCUUACUGCAUGGUGGUCAGACAUCUCAUUUAUCAAUCAGAGGUCUGACUUCACUUGGCAGAUUGAAGAUGUCAUGCUAGCUCAUUUCAGAUAAAAAUUACUUAAAAGGGUGGCUGCACAUUUUGGUUGAUAACUUUCUUUCUAGGAAGGUCAGAGACCAACUAAAGAAAAGAAAAAAAAGAUUGGAAGCUUAGAGUCCAGGGACUCCAACAAGAGUGUUUGCACAUGAGGGCUGGCCACCCCUGUCUUAGAAGAUCACAGGAUGAACAUAAGCCAAUAGUGAGAUGCAACUGCUUUGAAAGCUAAUGCAAUCUUAGGCUUCAUUGACAGAAUCAUGUUCAGAUUGUUGAAAACCAUAUAGAGUCAGUCUAUCCUGCAUUAGCCAGGCAGCACCUGUAGUCUAGUGUCCAGCUCUGGGCGCUACAUUUUAAAGACAUUGGCCGGCUGGAGGUUUGGGGGGGUGAGUGACCAGGGUGGUGAGAUAUAUGUUCUAUAGGCUUAAGGAUGUGUCAGUGAAGCAAAACCCCUGACCCACAAUCAGCGCCAUAAAACAUAGAUUUGCGCAGCAAUAUAGGCAGGAGGGUGUAGUGGGAAGAGCAGGAGCCUGUUUAGUUGGCUUGUGUGCCUUGCAAGGUGGUCAGGUUCCUACUUCCAGUGAAAUGACCCCAAAUUGUCCCACCAUCACCCACAAGAGUGAGCAUAUUUGGGAAAACAGGUCCUGUGGGAAGCUGAUGGCCUCUUUUUAUGUUUUCUAGGAACCCGAACGGUGCUGGCCUGGUGAACUGGCCCCAGUACGAUGCGGCUGAACAAUACUUGGAAAUAGGCUUAAAGCAGAAGCCAGCAAAGAAGCUGAAGGAGCAAGCAGUUAACUUUUGGACCAAGACCUUACCUGAAAAAAUAGCUGAAAGCCAAAGGCGAACUGAAUUAUAAACCCUUAACCAGGCUCAGGUUGCUACAACACAGGAGAUACUUUUUUGUUUCACUGGAAAUGAUUUCACAGAGAAUUGUUAUCCACAGUUUGAUGUUUGGUCAGUUAUUGUCCAUUGCCCACCAAUUUGUUGAUCACUAACAAAAUAUAGAUGGGGUUCUGAUUACAAAAUAUAGAUGGGCUUAUUUUAGGCCCACAGGCCUGAUGAAGCGUCUGCUUAUUUCUGCCCACAAGACCAUUUUUACCCUCCUUCCCUACAGCUCCAUUAAGCAUGAUAUGUCAGGUAGAAUGCCAUAGAGUGAUGGACUGGGAAGUCCUAAGAGAAGUGACCUAUAAUGGAAAAUGUACGGUGUAUAUACAAAAAAUCUGGGAAAUGUACGAAUACAUUUUUUUUUAAAAAAAGCACAAAAUACAUGAAAAGAACAAAAAAAGUAACAAACCAAUAACACAUAACUAAUAAUGUUACUAGUAACACAUAAUGUUACUAAUUAAGGCCU